GCAGCGCAGGUGUGACUACCAGGGUAGGACUUCUUGAGGAAGCUGUGAACCCAGAGGAACAGGAUUCACUCUGAAGACUCAGAUUCCAUUGACAGGGCCCAUUGACACGACCCACUGGUGCCGGGAUCCACUGACACCAGGAGCCACUGACACCAGAUCCCACUGACACCAGAUCCCACUGACACCAGGAGCCACUGACACCAGAUCCCACUGACACCGGGAGCCACUGACACCAGAUCCCACUGGCGCCGGGAUCCACUGACACCAGGAGCCACUGACACCAGAUCCCAGUGACACCAGAUCCCACUGAUCAUACCCAUGGCCAUGUCCCAGCAGGCAGCUGUCUCCAAGCAGCAGGACAACGCCUUCUCCAGCGGGGUCAUGGAGGAGUCUGAGGUCUGCUCUGUGCCUGGGGGGCUCGCCAGCGUCAGGGCACAAUUUGAGAACCAGGAAACUGCAACAUCGCACAAUGUCUCCCAGUUCCACUUCCACCGCAGAGCUGUGCAGGAAGUUCAAUUGAACUCUGAGGUGACAAUGAGGAGCACUUCCAGAGAUGUCAUCCCAGCCUCUCAGCAGGCUAUUUUCCACCAGGAUGAACAGGUCACACAUGAGGAAAACAGCUUUACCUCGGUUUAUGACAACAACCAUAAUGAUGAAAGAGAGGAGGAAGGUCCUAGACUUACAACCAAGGAAUUAAGAGAUCACUUUGAGAGAACCAUUGAAGAAGCUGCCCCAAGCAAGCCAAUGAAGAUUGGCCGAGCUGACAUCAAUAGAUCGCAUUGGGCUUCAAAUAUAUCAGAAAAACCAGUCUCAACAAGAGAGAUACAAAAUGUAUCAAUGAUAGAGGACACAUCUGCUAUUGCAGUUGACUACGAGGACACUGAAUAUUUCCCUCCACCACCUCCAGAAGACUUAGAGUACCUCCCACCUCCACCCCCAGACCUACUGCAGGUCCCAUCAGAAAGUCCAGAUAUGCCAGUAGAGUGCUACUACUCACCUGAACCCCCGGAAUCAGCUUACCCUUCUAAACGUCCACUCAGUAGACAGGAAUACUUCAGGCAGAGAAACCAAUAUGAGUUGAAACGCCUUUACAAGCAUAUACAUCCUGAGGUGCGUAAAAACUUAGAGAUGUAUAGUGAUGUGGCUGAGUAUGAAAACACCCGACAAGAGAGUCAGGAGGAGUUCACGGGGGAGACGAGGUAUAUAUACGAGGAUAACGGUAGCAGCCCCAACGACUGCAUUAGCCCAGAAGAAGAAUACCUGGAAUGGGAUGAGAUCCUCAGAGGGGAGGUGCAGUCAAUGCGCUGGAUGUUUGAGAAUAAACCUCUGGAUGCCAUCAAAGACGACGCCUCAAAUGAGGAUGACGACCAAAACAUGGAACAGGAGAUGAUUGUUGGGAGUGAUGUAAGAAGCAAAGCAUGGAUGUUUGAGACCAAGCCCAUGGAUGCAUUGGGAUCAGACAACAAAGCUUUAACUAAAUAUAGACACAAGUUCAAUACGUUGGACAAAGGAGAUGUCCGUGCUGCAGCCUGGUUGUUUGAAAACCAACCCAUGGAGACCCUGAACAAAAUGCAUGGCGAUGAAGAGCUAACCAAAGAGAUAGUGUUUACCCAGGAAGAUGGCAGCUCUACCAUACACAUGCUUGAAUCUCAGUACAUGGAAACGUUAGGUCACACUGAGACCAUUGAUGACAGUCACCUCCUGAGUCUGAGAUCAGUGCUCGAGGAAAUAAAGGGAGAAGUGAAGACGAUCACAAGCACAUUUGAGACUCAGUUCAUGUGCGUCCUCAUGGGACAGUCAGGCCAGAUGUUGGAGAUAACAUCUAUACGCAAAGUGGAGACUGAGAAGGGUGACACUAAAACAUCUACCUGGCUUUUUGAUACCCAAGCCCUGGACAUGGCUAAUAAACCUGCUGCCCCAGUGAAACUUGUGUGUAGCCUGUCCAUGGAAGACAACUAUAAAGGAGAUGUUCACCGGAGUAGAUGGUUGUUUGAAACAAAGACCUUAGACUCCGUUAAUGAAGAUGAAUGGGAGAGCUCAACGCUGCAAAAGGAAGAGAUAAUUGGAGCCGAUGUGCGAAAACACUGCUUAGCGUUUGAAACUCAGCCAAUGGAUCCUCUGAAAGAUGACGCAAAUGCUAGACCCCCGACUAUCGGUGGUAAUGUUAGGUCUGCAAGACACUUCUUUGAAACUAGUCCUGAGGCAGCUUUGACGGACCUCAAUGAGGUAAGGAGCCUCAAAAUGUUGGUGGCAGCUGAAAAACACAAGGGUGAUAAUAGACACCAAAAAUGGAUGUUUGAGAAUGAACGACUAGAGGACAUAAGAGAUGAGAAGAAGGGGAUUGUUCGUACUGUGAACCUCGAAAAUCUCACUGAAGAUCAAGCUACAAGCUACAACGCAGAUGUCCGUAAGAAUUGCAUGGUAUUUGAGACUCAGCCAAUGGAUACUUUGAAAGAUGAUUCGAAUGCUAGAGCCCUGUCCAAGGCGGAAAUUGUCAGAGGUAAUGUCAGAUCAGCGAGACAUUACUUUGAAACCACUCCAGCGGACAAUAUAAAAGACCUUGCUGAGGUUGGGAAGCUACAACAAAUGGUGAGACUCGAUGAAGAGAAGGGGGAUGUGAGACACCAGAAAUGGGUUUUCGAAAGUCAACCCCUGGAGCACAUUCAAGAGGAAAAGAAGGAAGUUAUUCAAACCAUUAACCUGGAGGAAAUAAAUCAAGUGGAUGUCUCAAACUACAAGCAAAUAUUUGAAACCACAGACUUAACCAGAUGGGAUGAAUCUCAAAAGAUAAUCGUGGAGGGUGUAACAUGUGGCUCUGUGAAAUCUAACAAACAUCUGUUUGAGUCUACACCAAUGUACGCCAUGCAAGAUAGCUCUGGCCAUUACCAUGAGGUAAAAACAGUGCGUCGGGAAGAGGUUGUCAAGGGAGACGUAACAAGCUGCAAAUGGAUGUUUGAAACAUGCCCCAUUGACCAGUUUGAUGAACGUAUCACUAAUUAUCAAGUUAUUAAGGGAAUAUCCAAAGAAGAAGUUGAGUCUGGUGACGUUAAAACGGCCAAGUGGCUGUUUGAAACACAGCCUCUUGAUGCAAUUAAAUACUUCAGCAAUAUUGAAGACGAGGAAAGUAAAACUAAGGAAAGUGUUGAGAUUGUAAAAGGGGAUGUUAAAACCGGUAAGUGGUUAUUCGAGACGAAACUAAUGAAUGUCCCAUAUGAGAAGGAGGAGUUGACGAGUGAAACUGAGAGUGAGGGGCUACGCAAAGGAGAUGUAAAAAUAUGCACAUGGUUGUUUGAGACACAGCCACUUGACACUAUCCGAGAUGAAACAGAAACUGUUCUACAAACAUGCACUGUGAAUCAAGAAGAUGUCCAGGGCAAAGAUGUACGAAUGGCUCGUUUUUUAUUUGAGACGGAGAAUCUUGAGAACAUCACAGGGGAGGACGAGAGCUCUAAGAGGGUUACAGAGAUUGACAUUCAGUCAGGAGAUGUCAAUAGAAUGAAGUAUAUCUUUGAGAAUCAGUCCUCUGAUAUCAUGACCUCAACAUCUGAGGAGUCCAUGCAAAGGCUCAAAACUACACAAUCAACUUCACAAUCAGAGGACAUCCAGAAAGGAAAUGUGGUGAACUGCAAAUGGCUCUUUGAGAACCAAUCCAUAGAUGCCAUACGUGAUAUCCAAGAAGAGACUCUGGACACCCGCACUGUGACUGAUGUACAAGGAGGUAAUGUGGACAAAGGUCGUUUUAUUUUUGAGACGUACUCCUUAGACAAAAUCCAGGAGGUUUCCUCAGAGAUAGAUAUUACAAAGUUGCAGAAAAUAACUUGUGAGGAGGAAGAGAAAGGGGAUGUGAGGAACUACACCAUGAUGUUUGAAACUCAGCCUCUUUAUGCCAUUCAAGACAAAGAGGGCCAUUAUCAUGAGGUCACCACUGUCACAAGCGAGGAGAUAUUGAAGGGUGAUGUGAUCGGGUCCCGGUGGUUGUUUGAAACCAAGCCUCUUGAUUCUAUCAGUGAUACAGAUGAGGUCUAUAUCAUCAAAUCUGUCACACAGGAGGAUGUUCAGAAAGGAGAUGUUACUUCAGCCAAGUGGAGAUUUGAAACACAGCCACUUGAUACGAUUGCAGAGGAUAUAAAAAUGUCAGUUAAAACUGUUGAAGAUAUUCAAGGAGGAGAUGUUAGAAUGAAUAAACAGCGUUUUGAGUCUGAAGUGCUGUCACAGAAGUCUGUGCGAACAGUUAAUGUGAGUGAAAUCCAGAAAGGCGAUGUUAGGACAGCAAAAUGGAUGUUCGAAACUCAAACAAUGGAUAAAAUACGUAGCCAGAGCGAAGAGAAUUUAAUAGAAACGGUCAUGAAAGAGGAGGUGUUAAGGGGAGAUGUUAGACAAUCAGUGUGGCUCUUUGAACAGAAUCCCCUUGACCAUAUAAAGGAGAUAGAUGAGGAAGAUACAGUAGUUAUUCAAGAGGAAAUCCCCAAAGCCGAUGUAACGACAACAACAUGGCUGUUUGAAACAACUCCGUUCCAUGACUUUAAUGAGAACAGUGUUGAGAAGUCGGAAAUCCUGGGUAAAAGUAUCAAAGGAACCCUUGAAGAACUUUAUAGCCAGAAAAUCGUUAAUUCAAAAGGAGUACUCAUUGAAGCAGAUGAAAUUGGGGACGUUAGAAUGGCAAAAUACCAGCUAAUGAAUAAGGAUUCUCCAGAGAUCCAAAGAGAGGAAAUCAUCAGCGGGGAUCUGAGCAACAUUAUGAUGAAUCUUUUGAACCGUCGGGAAAGAAUUGAGAGGGGGGUAGUGGUAGAGUCAGGAGAGAAGGGUAAUAUCAGUACAACAGUGCAUCAACUGUUCAACCAAGAGAGGGGCAUCAGUGUGGAAAAGGAGGAAAUAUUAAGAGGUGACAUCCAGGAAGCUGUAAACAAUCUUCUCAAGGAGGGAGGAUCUGCUAAACGUGGUAUACUCCUUCAAGAGGAUGAGAAGGGAGAUGUGCGAAUGACUAUAUAUUCUCUUCUAAAUAAAGAAGAGGACAUCAGUGUUGAAAAAGAGGAUAUAGUCAAAGGCAAUAUAAGAAAUGCACUCCAAAGACUAUCCAACCCAGAAAGCCAAGAGCAGAUGAGGAUAAAGGUGGAUGAGAACGAAAAGGGAAACGUGAACUUUUACUCCACAUGCAUUGAAUCUGGGGCGCUUGACUAUCUCAAACAACUCCAGGUAGAGCCAGAUGAGACUCUACCUGAAAAGGUAGAGAAAGAGGAAAUUAUUAGAGGAGAUAUAAAGGGGACAAAACUCAUUCUUGACAGUAAUCGAGCACAAAUUGAACGUACAGUAGAUGAAGAGGACAUAGUGUGCGGAGAUGUUCACAACUCAGUCAAGGUUUUCAUGACUGAACCCACACACUCACUGGAUGGCCUACAGAAAGAGGAAAUUGUGAGGGGCGAUCUGAAAGCCGCUAUGAACUCGCUGUCUCAGUUUGUAAAUCAGACAGUGGUUGUAGAGAAAGAGGAGGUGGUAAGAGGUAACAUACACAAAGCCCGAAGGCACCUUGAGUUGGCUCAAACACGGCCCAAGGAGGUGGAAAAGCCAGAGAUUGUCCGCGGCAACAUCAAAGGGGCAUUGAGGUCCCUAGAGAAAUCUGCAACCUCCAAAGUUGAAGUUGUCAUCGAAGAUUUAGUACCUGGAGACAUCAAAGGUACCUUAAAAUCCCUGGAGCAGGCAAAGCAAACAGUCAGGGCUAUCAAGAAGGAAGAGAUUGUAAAGGGUAACAUUCAUACAGCCAAGCAAUGUUUACAAGAGGCUUCUAAUGACAGGAGGACAUGUCAACAGGAAAUGUAUGUUCAGGGAAACGUGAGAGGCACUAUUGAGCUCUUAUUGGAACAACCAGCUUCCCCAAGAAUGACACGGAGACCCAGCAUUGAGGGUGAUGUGAAAAUGUCCAUUAAAUCACUCUACGAGACACAUGAGGUGCAAGAGGCAAGGGAGGAACAAACUCAACCAGAGAAAGAGGAGGUGAUAAAGGGUGAUGUUAAAGGCACAAUCAAAUCCUUGCUGGAAUCAGCCCAGCGUGCAGCUCCUAAAAUCAGAGUGGGAGCUAGAAGGGUCAAAGUUCCUGCGAGCUCUCCACUUAAAAAUAGGUCUCAAAGCAUUGAAGGACAAAGAAACCUACGGGGAAAAAAGAUGGCUAAUUCAGUCAAAAUGGAGAGCUCAACACCAGAGAAUCAAUCCCUCUCAACUCAAAACACAAUCAAUACAUCUGAAUCACAGACUACUCAACAAUCAACGGAAGUAAUACAACACACAGCCAUCACUCAAAACCAUGGUAUUAAAACAUUGGAGACUAAGUUCUGUAACCUCAAUUCAAGUAGAAAGGGUUUGAUCAGACUAGAUAAAACCAAAGUGAAAACAAAUGUUCUUACCCCAACACGGACAUUGUCUGAGUCUGAACUUUCUCUCUCUCCCCCACCUCCAUGUGAUGAUCAAUCAUCCCUAACCCCAGCCUCCUCUAUCAAUAGGCUGGACUUGGACCUUCCUCCUCCCCCAACUCCUCCUCCCCCACCACCUGUUGAGACCGAUAAUUUCCCUCCCCCACCAACACAGGAUUUCCUUCCACCCCCACCCUCACAGUAUGAACUGGACUCUAUGUCAUCCCAGACACCUCAUCAAUCACUAGCUAAAGCCACAAAAGUUACUGUCAAAAAGCACCAGACAUCUAUUUCCUCCACAAAGCAACAGACAGUUACUGCAGCUAAACAACAGGUAUCGUCAGCAUACACAGAGCAGUCACACUUUGCUGUAAGUAGCUCUCAAAUCCAGAUCUCGACCAGUGAUGCUAAAAAGGUUGAAAAUGUGAAUGAAGAUGUCAGAAAAGAUGUCAAAAACCUCAAAACCACCUCUCAAGUCCAGAUCUCGACCAGUGACGAUAAAAAGGUUGAAAGUGUGAAUGAAGAUGUCAGGAAAGAUGUCAAAAACCUCAAAACCACCUCUCAAGUCCAGAUCUCGACCAGUGACGAUAAAAAAGUUGAAAAUGUGAAGAAAGAUGUCAAAAACCUCAAAACCACCUCUCAAGUCCAGAUCUCGACCAGUGACGAUAAAAAGGUUGAAAAUGUGAAGAAAGAUGUCAAAAACCUCAAAACCACCUCUCAAGUCCAGAUCUCGACCAGUGACGAUAAAAAGGUUGAAAAUGUGAAGAAAGAUGUCAAAAACCUCAAAACCACCUCUCAAGUCCAGACCUCGACAUGUGACGAUAAAAAGGUUGAAAUUUUGAAAAAAGAUGUCAAAAACCUCAAAACCACCUCUCAAGUCCAGAUCUCGACCAGUGACGAUAAAAAGGUUGAAAAUGUCAGGAAAGAUGUCAAAAACCUCAAAACCACCUCUCAAGUCCAGACCUCGACCAGUGACGAUAAAAAGGUUGAAAAUGUGAAGAAAGAUGUCAAAAACCUCAAAACCACCUCUCAAGUCCAGAUCUCGACCAGUGACGAUAAAAAGGUUGAAAAUGUGAAGAAAGAUGUCAAAAACCUCAAAACCACCUCUCAAGUCCAGAUCUCGACCAGUGACGAUAAAAAGGUUGAAAAUGUGAAUGAAGAUGUCAGAAAAGAUGUCAAAAACCUCAAAACCACCUCUCAAGUCCAGACCUCAACAAGUGACGAUAAAAAGGUUGAAAUUUUGAAAAAAGAUGUCAAAAACCUCAAAACCACCUCUCAAGUCCAGACCUCGACAAGUGACGAUAAAAAGGUUGAAAUUUUGAAAAAAGAUGUCAAAAACCUCAAAACCACCUCUCAAGUCCAGAUCUCGACCAGUGACGAUAAAAAGGUUGAAAAUGUGAAUGAAGAUGUCAGGAAAGAUGUCAAAAACCUCAAAACCACCUCUCAAGUCCAGAUCUCGACCAGUGACGAUAAAAAGGUUGAAAAUGUGAAUGAAGAUGUCAGAAAAGAUGUCAAAAACCUCAAAACCUCCUCUCAAGUCCAGGUCUCGACCAGUGACAAUAAAAAGGUUGAAAAUGUGAAGAAAGAUGUCAGAAAAGGUGUCAAAAACCUCAAAACCACCUCUCAAGUCCAGGUCUCGACCAGUGACAAUAAAAAGGUUGAAGAUACAAAAACAGAUGCCAAGAAAGAUGUCAGAAAUCUAAAAACUAAAGAUUCCCAUAAAUCUGAGGACAAGAAGAACAAGGAUAAUUCUGCAUCCCAAGGACCCGAAAAGUUUUCUGACCAUCCUACCAAAACAGAAAAGGUAACCCAAGAAACAAUUGUCAAAGCAGUCAGAUCACCCUUGGAAGACAAAAACAAAUAUGAUAUUUAUGUAUCACAAGCACCUGAGAAGGUUCCUAGUCAGUCAAUUAAAGUAGAAAAGGUAACCUCAGAAACUAAUGUCAAAACAGGCAAAAAGAAGGCCAAAGGGCAAGAAAAGAAAGUAGAAGUAAAAGACAUGAAACAGCCAGAUGAAGCUAAGAAGGAAAUAAUUUCACAGGUGAAGGAUGUCACUAAGGUAAAGGUUUCUAGUGAGCAAACGCAUCAUGAGACUGAGGACAAAGUCAAGGUCAAGGAGGACAGUCAGAAAGCUCUUGCUGUUAAUGACAACCAACCAGCAACUCCAACUCCUGCAAGAAAGAAGAAGAAGAAGAAGAAGAGGUCAAAAGCCAAAGAUGCGGCUGCCUCUGCAGAAUCAACUAAAUCUGUUUCUGAAAGUUCCACUCAAAGUCAGGAGAUCACUGUAGUGCAGACGCACAAAGCCCAUCAAGAGGAGCACAUUCAGGUACAUAAGGAAGUGAUUAUCACUGAAAGCAAAGUUCAUCAACGUAUCCAGGAGCAAGGAACAGUGAAAGUCGAAAAACAGGUCAAGGUCAAGAAAGAGGUGACCUCAAACCAGCAGAUUCAAGACAAACCAAAGGAGGAAUACAGAAAUGUUCCAGUGAAAGUGGAAAGUGGAAAAAUGACAAGCCAGUCAUCACAAAAGGAUCCUGCGAAGCCCUCAACAGGGAGCACUGAGGAUUGUUUAGAGGGAACCCAGACUACUCUGGAGAAGCAUGAGAGUAAACCUACUUCUGAAAAGCUCAUUGUUGGUGGGGCAACUCAAAAAAUACACAAGAUAAGUAUUGGCUCUUCAAAAGUGGAAAGUAAAAAGACAUCACAUGAAAGCAAAAAGCAAGAGUGGAGUGUAAAAUAUAUUGAUCGUAGCGCACCCUCACCCUUACUACGGACGCGCUCACCCUCACCCACCUUUAUUACUAUUGAAUCUACCCAGAGAACGGCCUCACCUCGGAGAAUAACCCCAUCACCUAUCCCAAUGCUCAGACCAGCCACUCCCCCAACGCCCCCCCCUCGCAAAUUGGAACCUCCUACAUCACACAUCAAUAGGGCCACACCCUCUCCCACCUUUUCUAGAGCAGAGAACUUGGCGUGGAUGAAAGAUACUACAGCCCAGCUUUCUUGUGGAGUGACGCCACCUCCGGUUCCACUUCCUAUGCAGGUCGCGGAAAAUAAAUCGGACAUUGUGGAAUACCCCGCAUCAUUCUAUCGGCAGAUCAAAAUUGAGGAACGAACUGAGGAAACUUCUGAAAUGCUAGCUCAAAAGGCUGCUGUGAAGGUCACAAGUGGAAGGUCAUUCCCUCAAAUGGAUAAGGAUGACAUGGAUGCUUCAGAAAUGUCAGACUCAUCAAUGGUGACUACAUCAGUGAGAGACAAGAGGGAGUUUUUUGAAGAAGCACAAAAAGCGGCAGAAAAUAAGACUUAUGUGCGAAAGGAUCCCAUUGACAUACCAGAGCGCUUGGGCCCAGACAUGGAGGAGCCCAAAACAACAAACCGAGACAGUAGGGAUGAAACACAAAGCACAUCUGAGAAGAUCGCAGAGAACAGCACUGAGGUAGUGGGAUCUACAGAGUCAACCGAAAAAGAAUUGAUGGAAGCUUCAGAAAUGUCAGAGUCAUCAAUAGUGACUACAUCAGUGAGAGACAAGAGAGAGUUUUUUGAAGAGGCACAAAAAGCUAAAAUAAAUAAGACCUAUGUACGAAAAGACCCUAAUAAUGUCCUAGAGCACUUAGGUCCAACCAUUAUAGAGCCUGAAGCAGAAAACCGAGAGAGGAAGGAAGACGUACAAAACACAACUGAGAAAAUCACAGAGAAAAUCUCUGAAGAAGUGGGAUUUAUGUGGGAUGACCAGUGGGUGUCAUCUGCCAUAGAGGCUUUGGAACCUUCUGAAUUGUCAGACUCAUCAUCAGUGAGAGACAAGAGAGAGUUUUUUGAAGAGACUCAUAAAGCUGAAAUAAAUAAGACCUAUGUACGAAAAGACCCUAUUAAUGUCCUAGAGCACUUAGGUCCAACCAUUAUAGAGCCUGAAGCUGAAAACCGAGAGAGGAAGGAAGACGUACAAAACACAACUGAGAAAAUCACAGAGAAAAUCUCUGAAGAAGUGGGAUUUAUGUGGGAUGACCAGUGGGUGUCAUCUGCCAUAGAGGCUUUGCAAAAUUCUGAAUUGUCAGACUCAUCAGCAGUGACAUCAGUGAGAGACAAGAGAGAGUUUUUUGAAGAGACUCAUAAAGCUAAAGUAAAUAAGACUUAUGUGCGAAAGGAUCCCAUUGACAUACCAGAGCGCUUGGGCCCAGACAUGGAGGAGCCCAAGACAACAAACCGAGACAGUAGGGAUGAAACACAAAGCACAUCUGAGAAGAUCGCAGAGAACAGCACUGAAGUAGUGGGAUCUACAGCGUCAACCGAAAAAGAAUUGAUGGACGCUUCAGAAAUGUCAGAGUCGUCAAUAGUGACUACAUCAGUGAGAGACAAGAGAGAGUUUUUUGAAGAGACUCAUAAAGCUAAAGUAAAUAAGACCUAUGUGCGAAGGGAUCCCAUUGACAUACCAGAGCGCUUGGGCCCAGACAUGGAGAUGCUCGAACCAGAAAACCAAGAGAAGGAGAACCUUCCAAAGGUGGACUUGUCUGGAUUAGUCAACAAAUUUGAAACACCAGAAGAGAAGGUUUAUGUCAGAAAGCCUAUCACAAUGAGAGAAAGACGUGGGAGUGAGACAGAAUACACAAAGUCUGACAUAGAAGAUACAGAAACUCAAGAGGAGGAAAUGCUUACUUUGGACAUCAAGGCUAUUAAACAUGUUUUUGAAAUGAGUGAGCAAAGUCCAUCUUUCAAAGACAAGAAAAAUCAACCGGAUGAGCUGGAGUCAAACCUGAGUGAAAACACAACAGAGAGUUCAAAGCAGGAGAACACCCAGGAGACACAGAGGGGCUCCGGGCAGAUUUCGCCCCUGCCUUCCCAGAAAGAAGUGCAACAAAUGUCAGCAGACCCAACAGACUCUGAAACCAAGUUAGUCACAGAGCAUUUUGUGAACUUAGAUGAAUUAGGCAACAAGACAAUUGGAUCACUGAGCAGCACAAUGGUUUCCCAGCACUCAAAGAGCGUAACAACCGACCAUCCCCCCUUCUCAUAUGCUGACGUGGUAAAAAAAAAAGUUUCUCAGGUGACGCCAUCUGAAACCCCAGAUGAGGCUUCCACUGAAGAGUUGCUGAGGGAUUUCCACGAAACAUGGACGGAGAGUGAGAGUUUUUUCAAGAGUCUCGGCUACAGUGUCUCAGAGGAGAGAACAUCACAUGCUGUGUCACAUCAAACGAAGACUAUUGUUACUGACUCGAGUUCUCAAGUCGGAGCUUUGCACUGUGUGUCGGAGGAGGGUCUAUCCGAUGGAGUCUCUAAUAGCGGACAGAAAAAAAUUCCAUAAAUCUUGUUUCUGCUGCGAGUACUGCAGAAAUAA